GGGCCGCUCCUCAGGAAUUUGGCCCGCAUUGCAAGUGAUCGACAAAUCUGGAGAAAGUUUGUUGCCUUCACUCCCACUGGACAGGACGCAUUUUACUUCGUUGCGCCCGCCUUAUUUCUUGUACAUACUUCUAAGAGUGUGUCUUGUUCCUCACUUUCCGACUCACACCCCAAAGUAGCCCAAAAUGGAUGAGGAAAUCGAUCUUUACGAGGUCCUCGAGAUCGAGAAGGGCGCGAGCAAGAUCGAGAUCAAGAAAGCAUACCACAAGGCCGCGUUAGCACAUCACCCCGACAAGGUCGCAGAAGAAGACCGUGCAGAAGCCGAGGUGCGCUUCAAGGCCGCGAAACAAGCCUACGAAAUCCUCUCCGACGAUGACAAGCGACAUCUGUAUGAUACCCACGGCAUGUCCGCCUUUGACCCCUCCAAGGGCGGCAUGGGCGGCGAGGGCCCCGACAUCGACGACAUCUUUGCGCAGAUGUUCGGCGGCAUGGGCGGAUUCGGCGGAAUGCCAGGUAUGGGUGGCAUGGGCGGCAUGCCCGGUGGACGAAACGUGCCACGGAAGGGACGCUCAGUAGAGCAGGAGUACGAGGUCAGCUUGGAAGAGCUGUACAAGGGCAAGACGACAAAGUUCUCAAACACAAAGAACAUCAUCUGUAACCUGUGCGAAGGCAGCGGUGGAAAGAAGGGCGCAAAGGCAAAUUCUUGUGCUUCCUGUGGUGGGCGGGGUGCUAAGCAAGUCCUCCGCCAGGUCGGUCCUGGCCUCGUCACCCAGGAAACUGUUCCUUGCGGUAACUGUCAAGGCUCUGGCCAAGUCAUCCCAGAGAAGCAACGUUGUAAGAAGUGCAAGGGCAAGAAGGUCGUCGAGACCAAGAACGUGCUCGAACUCUACAUUCCCCGCGGUGCACGACAAGGCGAGCGCAUUGUACUUGCAGGAGAGGCAGAUCAACUACCCGACCAGGAGCCAGGCGAUAUCAUCUUCACGCUCACCGAGACGCCACAUGAUGUCUUCGAACGCGCAGGCGCUGAUCUGAGGGCCGAGUUGAAGGUUAGCUUAGUGGAGGCACUAACAGGCUUCAACCGCGUGGUCAUCACUCAUCUCGAUGGACGUGGUCUUAAGCUCAACGUGCAACAACCAAACGGCAACGUCUUGCGACCAGGACAGAUCCUCAAGAUCGAAGGAGAGGGUAUGCCCAUGAAGCGCAGCGACGCGAGGGGUGAUCUCUACCUAGUUGUUGAUGUUGAGUUCCCAGAGGAUGGAUGGUUGAAGAACGACGCCGCAGUACAGAAGCUCCGUGACGCACUACCCAAGGACGAAAAGAGCGAGGAGAAGCAUGAAGAAGAGGAGGAAGUAGACGUUGAGUGGGAUGCUGACAUGGAAGAGUACGGCGCUGGUAGCGGUGACCCACGUGCUGGAGGCGCCGAGUGGGAAGACGAUGAUGAGGAGGCAGAGGGCCCUCAGUGUGCGACACAGUAAAAGGUUGCAUGAUACGAUUGACGAUUGCAUGGCUCGGCGUUAGGGGGACGACGAUUACAUCGUAUCUUGCACACGCGGAGAAGUCGCGGAUAUAGACCGGUUAUACGCUGCAUACAAGAUGCUCUCAUUUUUUCACAUCUGCCACAGCUCUGGAGGGGAGUGGUGUUUAAAACUAAACAUCGCAGGCUGGCUAAUAUGGCCAUUGGAAGUGUGAGCAAACAUGGGGAAUGAGCUCUUUCGUCAAUCUCCUUGGAGUGGC